UCCGCGUUUGCUGGUUUUCAUCCCAAAAAAACGAACACCAUUUCCCUUCGUCAUUCACUCCAGCGUGGUGUCUUCCUCGUCCAUUUUCAUUCUCUUUCCAUCUUCCCCCUAGACUUUUCGUGUGCUCGUCUACCAGUGUCGAUAGGCAGCUUUUUCUUCCCGCACACAUAAUGGCUGCCAAACGCCAAUACGACAUUAUCCUCCUGGGCGCGACGGGCUACACGGGCAAGUUGACCGCCGAAUACAUCACGUCCAGCCUGCCGACCAGCAUCAAAUGGGCCGUUGCCGGUCGCAACCAAUCCAAACUUCAAUCUCUGGUCAAGGAAUUGAAGUCGAUCAAUUCGACGCGUAGUGCACCUGAUGUUGUCCCCGUCGCCAAUCUCACCGCCCCUGAAAUGACCGCGCUUGCCAAGAAAACCAGAGUCCUCCUCAACACCGUCGGCCCUUAUCAUCUUUACUCGACUCCCGUGGUCGAGGCAUGUGCUCAGACGGGCACCCACUACGUCGACGUCACCGGAGAGACUCCGUGGGUUCGAGAGAUUAUCACCAAGUACGAGGCUGCCGCAAAGAAGAGCGGUGCCAUCAUCAUCCCCGAGAGUGGUGUUGAGUCCGCGCCUUCAGACUUGGUUGCCUACAUCGCCACUCGCCUGAUCCGCAAAGUAUGGGAUUGUGGUGUAAUGGACGUCGUCGCUUCUGUUCACGAGCUGAAGUCGUCCGGCCCCAGUGGCGGCACUCUCGCGACCGGCCUAGGUCUGAUGGAUCACUACUCUGGCAAGGCGUUGAAGGAAUGCAUGGAUCCAUUCUGCCUGUCCCCCGCUCGCCUGAAGCCGUACACCAAGGACACGUUGUACCCGCCGAACCCGGAACCCAACACAUACAUCCGCACGGGGAUGCAGAAGCUGACCGGCGUGUGGUCCUACCCUCGCCUAGGCAACCUGGUCACCUCCCUCUCGGCCAAACCCAACGAAGCCAUUGUCCACCGCUCUGCCGGCUUGACGCCGUACUUCUACGGCUUUAAUUUCAGCUACGAAGAGUACAUGGCUGUCGGAAGCCCCGUCGUCGGCGUGCUCAUUCACUUCGCCCUCGUUCUGUUGACCUUGUUCCUUGCAUUCCCCCCCACUCGCGCCAUCAUGAAGAUGUUUGCAAAGUAUAAGCCAGGUUCCGGUCCGACCGAGGAGUCCACCAAGGGAGAUGCGUUGGAAUUGCGUGCCGUCGCAGUCGCCGAACAGCUGGCCAAGCAGCCGCGAAAGGCGCUCGCCACGUUCCGAUUCGAAGGCGGCUUGUACCAACUUACGGCGAUCCUCCUGGCCGAAGCCGCGAUGGUGUUGUUGAACAAGGAAGAAGAAAUCAAAAAGUCCCACGGCGCCGGUUUCCUGACCCCGUCUUGCUUGGGAGACGACUACCUCGACAGAUUGGGCAAGGCCAACGUGAAGAUUGGAGUUCAACAGAUUGGCGAGGUGGGCAGCAAGUAGCAGUCGGAUUUUCUGGUGUCUCAGUGAGGCUUCAAAAUGUAUCAUCGUUAGGGUUAUGGCAGAACGUACGAGGCGGAUUUUCACAGAGGGUGGUUUCGAGGUGUGCACAAACUGGUUUUGCUCAAUGAGACCAAAACCAAAAGGCAGGAGUUGACGUAUGGCUUUGCGUUGAAAAGAUUAAUGAGACCGGGAUUUUCUUCAUCAUGGUACUGGCUUCUAUGAAGAAUGAAAACACACAGAAGUUGACCUAAGUCCCAGGAUACCAAGACCCCAUUGCCUUUUGCGGCAUGUGAAAUUUUGUUUGUUCC